CUUCUAUUAUUCGUAAGAUCAUUUUUUUUUAGAAAAAAAGAAACUGAAAUUAUAAUUUAAUAUAUAAUAUGGUAUCUGCGUGCAAGUAAAUGUGAUCGGUUGAUUUUAUAGUGUGUACAUAGCAGCUCAGUGGCGGUGAAUUUUUUUGGAUAGGGUGCAUAAAGAGUAACUCAGUUGGGUGAUUUUGACUCCUUGCCUCAGCUUCACUAAGUUGCUGUUUCUGUCCUAAACUCUUCAACCCCUACGUACUGUGUUACCUUACCCUUGUCCCUCACAGACACAGGUCUUCUACUAGGUUUAGAAGAGGCUGGAUAGUUUCUCUUUCUCCAUGGAUCUGCAGGACUUCCUUCUCCGUGCUCGAGUCUUGAGGCUUUACAGGCAAGCAUUGAGAGUUGCUGGUCGAGCCCCUUCUUCUGCUAGAGAUGAACUGAGACAGACAAUUAGAGAAGAGAUGGAAAAUAAUAGAAACUGCAAUGACAAGCAAAGGAUCCGUUACUUGAUUAGUGAGGGAUUGGAGAGACUGAAACGACUGGAUGAAAUGCUUGAUAUGCAAGGUCACCGUUGAUGGAGUCAAUGUGUAUGGAUAUGAAAUACAAUAUCUUCCCUUUUAGAAGAGUAAAAAAAAGAAUUGUUCAUGAAUGAUAUGGCAUCAGUAAAAGUAUGGUUUUAAAUUCUCCGUUGAUUAAAAACACUGCGAUGAUUAACUCUUUCCAGAGAGAUUGUUUAGUGAACUUGACUAUGGAUGAGAGUAAAAAAUAUUUUGAUUUACUACGUAAUAGAAUCUUAUAUUUUAUUGAA